CAUCACUCUUCACUCGUCUGCAUAGUAGAUGCUUGUAUCAGGGACGAUCUGAAUGGGUGCUGAUCUGAAUGGACGAUCCUCACCAGCAGCAUGAAGAUGCUCUUACUUUAGACCGGAUACGAUCAUCCAAGUCAAAAAAAAAGAAUGCACCAAUUCUCCUAGGUGACCUAGAAGCUUCAUCUCCAACCGGUAGCAGCGUCCCCACCACCACCCUUUUUAGUAUCAAGAAGAAGUAGUAGUGAAGUAGUCUCCUAUACCCCUGGAGUGGGUACAUUCAUUCACUCCCUCCUCCUUGCUGAAGUUACCCCCAGAUUCUUGGGUACGCCACUACUGCUACUUCUACUACCCCCACAAGUAGAAAGAAACAAGAUGGCUCGUAACUUGGAAAAGCAGAAGCACUCGCUCAACAAGUACUGGGAUCAUCGAGCUUUGAUUGAGAAAGCAGGCUUCGAUCUACCAGCCAAGCGUCCUAAAAUUGCUUCAGUUAAGGUUUUCCACCAAAUUACAUUCUUUCCGCCCAAAUCCAAAAAGUUGCUAAUAUAUUCGAAAAGAAGCCAGUAUUUUUUUUGAACUUUGAAUGCUCUAAUUCAGAGGUGAACGACGUGAGAGACGCGAAGAAAUGGUGGGCCAAUAUGCGAUGGGAGAUAGGACAGAAAAUCGUGCGAAUCCAAAACGCUACACUCCCAGAAGCCGAAAUCCGAGACUUGAACGAUGAUAUAAACAAACUGUUGAAAGUUAUGGCAGGUGUUGGAAGACAUAGACAAGAGCAUGCUAGAUUCACGACUGGUCGUGAACUUGAUAAUUGAUAAGAUAAGUGUAGUUUCUGAGAAGCGAACAGGCCAACGCCUAAACCACUAAGCCCACUGCGUUUCUAAGUGAGUCAGUCGCUUUUGGUUUUGACUGGGAAGAUAGUAGCUCCAUGUUUGUGUUAUUUCUCUCUUUUUCUUUCCUCUUCUAACUCCCAACGCGAGUAUUGGAUAGCGAGGAUAAAAGAGCUGGGCGGCGAAGAUUUGAGUACGUCGUAUAAACCAAGCGAGUUGGAUGGGCAGGAACUCUACGCGCACAGUGGCUACAAGUACUUCGGAGCUGCCAAGGACUUGCCUAACGUUCGAGAGCUGUUUGAGCAACAACACGCGGACGACCAGAAAAGGAGAACGAGGAAGGAGUUGUAUACGCAUAUUUUGCCGGAUUAUUAUGGGUGGCGGGACGAGAACGAUGUCGAACUCCUUCUGGAGGAACAGCAGGCGGAACAAACACUAGCGGAAGAUAGGAAAAAGGUACUAGUUGUAAGUUGUCACUUCGACGUAGUUGUGCUGUCAACUUUCUUCUAGUUACAACUAGUAGAUACUUUUCACAUGAUGUCGUCCGUCGUUCCUCCUGCUUAUAGUACUAGCAUUUAUUUUGCAAUAUUACGAGAACAGCUUAUUUCACAGCACAUUUAUUCCGGACUUUUUUCUGUAUUCCACCAGGAUCUUCAUCGACUACAACUACAUGAACAAACGGAACGUGUGACCUUCAUCUGAUAAUGAAAUUGACCACAGAUGAUGCCCGAGCAUUUAAGGAAGCGGCAAGGGGAACGAGCAUUAAAGGAAGCUGCCGAUGGGCAGCAGAAGCAAAUCAGUUACGUUUACACGCCAUCAGAUGCAGAAAUCCAGCAAAUCUUAUUGGAGAAGAAGCGCGCGAUUGCACUGGCGAAGGUGUCGAAGUAUAUCACAAAGGAGGAUUUGGAGAGAGACGAAGAGGCGAAAGUGAUGGCACUGGGAGGUCCGGAUCAUGCUUCGAAGAAGUGAAAAUGGGAGUUUGGUAACCAGGAAAGAUAGAACAUCCUACUUCCACUGUAGAAGUAUUCUUACUCAUUCUUGAACAUCCUACACUGUAGAAGUAUUCUUACUCAUUCUUGAACAUCCUUCUACACUGUAGUAUUCUUAAUAUUCUCUAUGAUGAAUAUGAAAGCCCUUCUUCACUCAACUUCCUUGAAAACAUAAGAUUGAAGAUCAUGUUGUGAAAAUCGAAGUCCUUUUUUGAUCUCGUUUGAUUAGUCGCCUUUGAUCCUUGAUCGGACGGAGUAAUUUUUCACUUCUGUAGCUGCAGCGCGCACCCACCCGGUGGUUAUUUUUUUACGUAG